AUGAUAGUUCGUCACUAUCAUGAAAAGUGUUUACAUAGUGCCACUCAGCUCACCAUGACUUAUGUCCGACAGCUUUAUUGGAUUUGGAGAACAAGGCAAGUCAUAAAAUCCGUAAUUUAUAAUUGUAUUCCUUGCUCUCGUUUGAAGGCGGCUGUCUCUGAACAAUUGAUGGCAGCUCUACCUGUCCAUCGGAUCUCGCGCCCUUCACGGCCAUUCACACAUGUUGGUGUAGAUUAUGCCGGGCCUCUGAAAAUAAAAAUGAAUAAGGGUCGUGGUCAUGCCUCGCAGUCUGCUUACAUCGCGGUAUUUGUCUGUUUUGCCGUACGCGUGAUCCAUUUGGACGUAGUGAGUGACUACACUUCAGAUGCUUCUAUAGCCGCUCUUAAACGAAUGGUAGCUCGACGUGGAUUGCCUCACACAAUCUACAGUGACAAUGGCACAAAUUUUAAGGGUGCAGAUCGCGAAAUAGCGGAGACGUUUUCCCGAGUUAUGAAGAGUACUCAAGUUCAAUCGCAUUUAAUCAAUGAUAAAAUUCGUUGGAAGUAUAUACCGCCUGCGGCUGCGCAUUUUGGAGGAAUCUGGGAAUCGGGUGUGCAAAGUGUUAAGCACCAUUUGCGCCGAAUUUUAGGGAAUCGUUUUCCCACCUUCGAGGAAUUAAGUACCCGGAAUUGUCAGAUCGAAAUGAGUCUCAACUCUCGACCUUUGCUUCCCCUGUCGGAUGACCCAGAGGAUUUGCGG